UUUUGUGGGUUGGUAUUGUUAGUUUUUUUUAUUUAAACACUCCCCCCCCACACACACACACACACACACACACUGUAGAUUUAUCUAAGGAUGAGUGGGAGGUUUUGUUAUUUGGAAGAGGCAGACAGCGGAGAGAAACAGUCCCACAAGUCGGAUCAGGAGGAAUGGUUCAACCCCGAUACACCAGGGAACAGAACAGCAGCCACUUGCAAUGUCUGCGUCAGUCACAUUAACUACACCAUCAGUGAAAGGUUUGGCCCUUGGUGGGAUGUCCAUUCAUACCAUAAAAGAUGGACACGGCAUAUUCUGAAGGACGUCUCGUUUUAUGUGGAGAGCGGACAACUUAUGGGAAUUUUGGGGAACUCUGGUUCUGGAAAAACCACUUUGCUGGAUGCCAUUGCUGGAAGGCUAAGACGGUCGGAGAAUUUACUCGGGGAAGUGUACGUGAACGGAUGCAAACUGAAAAGGGAAGAGUUUCACGAUUGCUUCUCAUACGUCUUGCAGAGUGACAAUUUACUCAGCUAUCUCACAGUACGGGAAACUCUGAUGUUUACAGCCCUCCUAACACUACGUGGCUACUCUGCUGAUGCUAUCAAACAAAAGGUGGAGUCUGCCUUGCUGGAGCUCAGUCUGAGCCACGUGAGCAAUCACAUCAUCGGAGGUCACGUCUUUCGGGGAAUCUCUGGCGGUGAACGACGUCGGGUCUCCAUUGCGGCUCAGCUUCUACAAGAUCCCAGGGUCAUUUUGCUCGAUGAACCGACAACAGGUCUGGACAGCAUGACUUCCAACCAGAUUAUCAGUUUAUUGUCUGAACUGGCCCGUAACGACCGGGUAGUCAUUUUAACAAUACAUCAGCCCAGGUCGGAACUUUUCAAGUUGUUUGACAAAAUUGGCAUCAUGAGCUGUGGGGAGUUGGUGUUUUGCGGUGGCCCUAAAGAGAUGGUAGAAUUUUUCGGUGGCUGUGGAUACCAGUGCCCUGAAUACUGCAACCCAUUUGAUUUAUAUGUGGAUCUGACCUCCGUCGACACAAGAAGCAAAGAGCGAGAGCUUCAAACUUACAGCCGAGUCCAGGAAAUCUCACUGGUGUAUCGGAAUUCAAACAUACAUAACGACAUGCUGAAGAGCAUUGCCAGGACAAGGCAGUCAAAACAUUCAUCUUCUAUACCUUUCAAAAGCACGGAUUCCCCAAGCACUGCCUUCAAGUUCUGGAUACUCUUCAGGAGAAUCACGAGGAACUUAUCGAGGGACAAAAUCGGGAUCGUUAUGCGGCUUAGUCAAAACCUGCUGUUCGGCUUGUUCAUCGUGUUCUUUGUGAUGAGACUGGGCAGUGAUGCAUCAAAGGGUGCAUUGCAAGACCGGAUAGGAAUCAUCUACCAGAGUGUAGGUGCCCCACCUUAUACAGGCAUGCUGAAUGCUGUCGCUCUAUAUCCUUCAUUGCGAGCUAUUGCCGACCAGGAAAGUACAGAUGGCCUGUAUCAGAAAUGGUUAAUGUUGGUGGCUUACAUAGCUCACAUCCUCCCAUUCAGCAUCUUCAGCGUGGCUAUUUACAGCUUCUUUGUCUACUGGACUGUGGGAAUGUUUCCUUUAUGGGAAAGGUUUGCGUGUUUUUUUGGAGUGCUCAUUGUGCCACAUCUGGUGGGGGAACUCCUUACACUCGUGUUUCUUGGCAUCGUUCACAACCCAAAUGUUGUCAACAGCGCUGUGGCUUUGAUUAACGUGGCAGGACUUCUGGUUGGAUCAGGCUUCCUGAGGAGUACUGAAGAUAUGCCUGAACCAUUUCUGUGGAUGAGUUACCUCACGUUCCAGAAAUACGGGGUGGAGAUUCUGAUGGUCAACGAGUUUUAUGGUUUAAACUUUACAUGUGGAAAUGAUGGACAAUCUACAAACAACACUGCAUACCCCUCUUGCUUUAUCACACAAGGAAUUCAGUAUCUUGACACGACUUAUCCCAAGGCAACUUCUAGAUUUGCGUUUGAUUUCCUGAUACUCUAUGCCUUUGUGCCCGUUCUUGUAAUCUUUGGCAUCAUAUCUUUUAAGAUCCGAGAUUUAAUAAUCCAACGGUAGCAGGAGCGAAAAUUUUGUCACCUGAAAUAUUUGCACUCCCCCCUGUUCUAAACGCCGCAAAAAUAAAGGGUAAAAUAGAAACCAUUUAAAUCAUUCAUCUCACUUUAUUUUUUAUGAUGGAAAUCAAAAUGUUCUAAGACUUGCUGUUCUCAGUCCCACUUUAUGAUUCCUUUACUCCCACCCACACCUUGUGCAAUCUUGCCAACACCAGGCUUACCGAAUGUGGUUCGAAACUAGAGAUUGUCUGAUGAACUGUCCAGGGAACAAAUGUGCUACCAUAAUAAUAAUAAUAAUAAUAAUAAUGCUUGCAUUUGAUAUA